AUGAGCUUCCCAAUUUAUAAUGAUAUCGACGAGCUUGUUGCAGCCAUUAAUAGCAGACCGCAGUAUCUCGGUGAUCAGCGUCGGCUGCGCGGUGGUGAUAAUAAUGGAGAGCAAGACCCAAUACUAGAGUUUUUACAUGCUCAAGACCCGGAGUCUCAAACUCCACGACUAGUAUCGUUACCCACAGCGGCAGAACUUGCUAGUGUAGAUUUAUCCCUUCAUUGUGAAUACCUAUAUGACUUUACGAGCUCAAUGGAACCUACUCACGGCAUGCAAAGCCACUUUCCCUUGGAAUCAAUGGGAGCAUUACCAUCUGCUGAAUCCCACCCAACUUAUAAUUCUUCGAGGGUUCCAAGCACCGAUACUAAUUCAUUUACCCAGGAACAUUCGGCUCACUUUGAGCUGCUGAGAGAUUUGUCCUACCCUCACGAAAACGUACCGAAGGGCACCAUGUUUAUGUAUCCCAAUGACGGCACUGAGGGCUGGACGCCCUGGCGGGAGAGGUGGGACAUUAGCGACAUGAAAGGCGACUUUGAUGCUGCCGUUCAGCUGAGAAAAACGGAGCAAACUUGGGAUUUAGAAGAUCAAGCUUGGAGCAAUUUUUUUAAAGAUUUGAGAAGCAAAACCAAACACAUGUCAAAAAAAAAUUGGAAACCGGUUUCAAUCUAUCAAGCAUUAGGAAUGCUAAAAAGAGAUGAUACUAGAUUACCUGAUGAUUAUGUUCCAUACACCAACUGUACCGGAAUAUUCAAUUUUAGACCUCCGGGAGCAUGGAAACGGGGUCCAAAGAGAACCAAGGAAAUCAAGAAAACCAAGAAAACCAAGGAACAAUCAACCGGCUAG